AUGUCGAACCACAACCACAUAACAGUGCAGUUCGCAGGAGGAUGUGAGUUACUUUUUGCUAAGCAAACAAGUCUUCAGUUGGAUGGCGUUGUUCCCACGGGGACGAACCUCAAUGGGUUGGUGCAGUUACUCAAGACAAACUACGUCAAGGAAAGACCGGAUCUUCUCGUGGAUCAGACGGGUCAAACGCUCCGUCCGGGCAUUCUUGUGCUGGUGAAUUCAUGCGAUGCAGAAGUUGUUGGUGGGAUGGACUAUGUGCUAAAUGAUGGUGAUACCGUUGAAUUCAUCUCCACACUGCAUGGCGGAUGA